GCAGGAGAGCUAUGAUUGGCUGAGAGCGCUGCGGAGGCGGGAAGGUUUGGGAGGAGAUUAGCUAUGAUUGGCUGAGGGCGGUGACGUCGCGGUGAUGAUCAGCCUGUUAAUGAGCGGCCGGUUCGUUAGGUUGAACAGAGACGGAGAUGCUGUUGGUGUGACCGGCGGCGGAUGAACCGGAGUGUGUUGGUGUGAAACAGAGAGAAGACGGUCAGUGAGUCUCCGGUGGUCGCUCCGGUCCUCAGCGGUCAGUCUGAAACUUUUACCCGGAUCAUGGUUCAACACACGGAACAUGGCGGACCGAGGAUUCACAGCGGGUCCCGGGAGGCGGCGGACCCGGAGGACAGCGAGCUGCUGGCGGCCUCGGUGUGCGGCCCCGUGCCGCAGAAGGCGGACUGGUGUAAAACGGCCUCCGGUCACAUUAAACGGCCGAUGAACGCCUUCAUGGUCUGGUCCAAGAUCGAGAGGCGGAAGAUCAUGGAGCAGUCACCGGACAUGCACAACGCCGAGAUCUCCAAACGGCUCGGGAAGCGGUGGAAGAUGUUAAAGGACACCGAGAAGAUCCCGUUCAUCCGGGAAGCGGAGCGGCUCCGGCUCAAGCACAUGGCGGACUACCCGGACUACAAGUACCGGCCCAAGAAGAAGCCCAAGACGGACGGCUGCGCGUUUCCUACCGGGAAACUAGCGGUUCAGUCCCCGGAGAAAACCUCUGUCAGGCCGGUUUAUAAGAAGAAACUCUCCAAGUUGAAACCCGGUAAACCGGUAACGGGUCCGGGCCGAGCCAUCAGCCUCCUCCCGCAACACCAGCACCCGGACCCCCGGUACCGGUACGUGUUAACCACCAGCUUCAAACCCAACACGUUCGGUAAACAGGACUUUACCGACGACGAGGAGGAAGAGGACGACGAUGAUGAUGAAGAUGAUGAUGAAGGAGACUCGGAGGAGGAGGAGGACGGGCCGGCCCGGUACAGCCUGGGUUUGAGCUCCGCCGCUGCCGAACCGGAGGGAACCGGCAUGUACGAGUCGUCCGGUCGGCUUUUCUACAGCUUUAAGAACAUCACCCGGCAGAGCACCGGCACCGGGACCGGCUCCUACCCGGCCUCCCUCUCACCCGCAUCCUCGUCCCGGUCCUCCUCCUCCUGCUGCGGGGAGGACCUGGACGACCUCCCGGCGGAGGGCACCGACUUCACCCUCAGCCUCCUGGCCGGCCUGCACGCCUCCUCUGAGCCGUGGAGCUCAUCGUCCAGCUCGGCCCCGGGGAACCUGGGUCUGUCCCUCGUGGACCUGGACCUGGACUCCUGCGGGUCUGAGCGCACCCUCGGGUCCCACUUCGACUUCCCGGAUCACUGCACCCCGGAGCUCAGCGAGAUGAUCGCCGGAAACUGGCUGGAGGUCAACUUCUCUGACCUAGUGUUCACCUACCUCAGCGAGAGGAUCGCCGGAAACUGGCGGGAGGUCAACUUCUCUGACCUAGUGUUCACCUACUGCACCCCCGAGAUGGACCCCAGGCCCGGAGGGUCCUCAUCCUUCAGCCGGCUCCAUGUUGCCCCGGAGCCGGUCAGGGAGCGACAGGGUUGUGGGCCUGCUGUUGCUCCUGUCAGAUCAGACUCCAUGUUGCUCCUCUCAGAUCAGACUCCAUGUUGCUCCUCACAGAUCAGACUCCAUGUUGCUCCUGUCAGAUCAGACUCCAUGUUGCUCCUCACAGAUCAGACUCCAUGUUGCUCCUGUCAGAUCAGACUCCAUGUUGCUCCUGUCAGGUCAGACUCCAUGUUGCUCCUGUCAGGUCAGUCUCCAUGUUGCUCCUGUCAGAUCAGACUCCAUGUUGCUCCUGUCAGGUCAGACUCCAUGUUGCUCCUGUCAGGUCAGACUCCAUGUUGCUCCUGUCAGAUCAGACUCCAUGUUGCUCCUGUCAGGUCAGACUCCAUGUUGCUCCUGUCAGAUCAGACUCCAUGUUGCUCCUGUCAGGUCAGACUCCAUGUUGCUCCUGUCAGGUCAGACUCCGUGUUGCUCCUGUCAGGUCAGACUCCGUGUUGCUCCUGUCAGGUCAGACUCCAUGUUGCUCCUGUCAGGUCAGACUCCAUGUUGCUCCUGUCAGGUCAGACUCCGUGUUGCUCCUCUCAGGUCAGACUCCGUGUUGCUCCUGUCAGGUCAGACUCCGUGUUGCUCCUCACAGGUCAGACUCCGUGUUGCUCCUCUCAGGUCAGACUCCGUGUUGCUCCUGUCAGGUCAGACUCCAUGUUGCUCCUCUCAGGUCAGACUCCGUGUUGCUCCUGUCAGGUCAGACUCCGUGUUGCUCCUGUCAGAUCAGACUCCGUGUUGCUCCUGUCAGGUCAGACUCCGUGUUGCUCCUCACAGGUCAGACUCCGUGUUGCUCCUGUCAGGUCAGACUCCAUGUUGCUCCUGUCAGAUCAGACUCCAUGUUGCUCCUCACAGGUCAGACUCCAUGUUGCUCCUCUCAGAUCAGACUCCAUGUUGCUCCUCUCAGAUCAGACUCCAUGUUGCUCCUCACAGAUCAGACUCCAUGUUGCUCCUGUCAGAUCAGACUCCAUGUUGCUCCUCACAGAUCAGACUCCAUGUUGCUCCUCACAGAUCAGACUCCAUGUUGCUCCUCUCAGGUCAGACUCCAUGUUGCUCCUGUCAGAUCAGACUCCAUGUUGCUCCUCACAGGUCAGACUCCAUGUUGCUCCUGUCAGGUCAGACUCCAUGUUGCUCCUCACAGGUCAGACUCCAUGUUGCUCCUGUCAGAUCAGACUCCAUGUUGCUCCUGUCAGGUCAGACUCCAUGUUGCUCCUGUCAGGUCAGACUCCAUGUUGCUCCUCACAGGUCAGACUCCAUGUUGCUCCUCACAGGUCAGACUCCAUGUUGCUCCUGUCAGAUCAGACUCCAUGUUGCUCCUCACAGGUCCUUGAAGAGUUUCCAGGUGUUACAAACAUUGAUCAGCAGCUCUACAGGUCCUUGAAGAGUUUCCAGGAUGAUGAUGGUGAUGGUGAUGAUGAUAAUGAUGAUGGUGAUGAUGAUAAUGAUGAUGGUGAUGAUGAUGGUGGUGGUGAUGAUGAUGAUGAUGAUGAUGAUGGUGAUGAUGAUGGUGGUGGUGAUGAUGAUGAUGAUGGUGAUGAUGGUGAUGAUGAUGGUGAUGGUGAUGAUGAUGAUGAUGAUGAUGAUGAUGGUGAUGAUGAUGGUGGUGGUGAUGAUGAUGGUGAUGAUGAUGAUGGUGAUGAUGAUGGUGGUGGUGAUGAUGAUGAUGAUGAUGAUGAUGAUGAUGAUGAUGAUGGUGAUGAUGAUGAUGGUGAUGAUGAUGAUGAUGGUGAUGAUGAUGAUGGUGAUGAUGAUGAUGGUGAUGAUGAUGGUGAUGAUGAUGAUGAUGAUGAUGAUGAUGGUGAUGAUGAUGAUGGUGAUGAUGAUGAUGGUGAUGAUGAUGGUGAUGAUGAUGGUGGUGGUGAUGAUGAUGAUGAUGAUGAUGAGACGGAGGAUGUUAUGGAAGUGUUUCUGGAGCCAGAAACGGGUGGCCAUCCUCCCUGUUUCGGUGAGGAAGAGGGGAUCUUGUGGUGA